CUGAUCAGUUAAAUGUUAAAAAGUAUCUUUAUAAAAACCCUGGAAUGAAAAUGAACAAGUAAAGAAUGGUCUAGUCGUUUAUUUUGCGCGAAUUCAUUUAAAUAAAUGAAUAUGGAAGAUUUAUUUUCAGCUUAAGUAUAUAUAAAAUUCACACCAAGAAAUUUUCAAAUGUACAUGCUUUUAAAUAAUAGUAUCAGUACUAGAUAAGAGAUAUACCUAAGUAGACAUACUACUGAUAUUUGUUAAUUUUAUGACUUGUGCAACGCACACAUUAAAAAGAACAGUGUCAGUACUAGAUAAGAGAUAUACCUUAAUAGACAUACUACUGAUAUUUGAUACUUUUAUGACUUGUGCAACGCACACAUUAAAAAGAAUAGUACUAUGUCUAAGUAAAUAACCAGGUAUUAAUCGCAAAGUCUUAAUAAUGCGAAUCAUUAAGCGGGAAAUCGUGAAAAAGAAAAGAUACAACGCUUCUCUGCUCACUGUAUUUCAGAAGAAGAUAAAAAAUAAAAUAAGUGAUUUUAUAUCAAACCAGUUUGCUUUUGAUUUUCAUUUUACAGACUCAGAAACCAGCGCCAUGGUUGCUGUUUAUGUUACAAUACCACUCAUUGUAGUUGUUCUUGCUGUCCUGCUAACAGUAAUUAUUUUGAGAAAAAGACGUGCACAUCGCUCGAAAAGGAAUGGCGGUCAACACGAAAUUGACAUGAACCCAUCGAUUCACUUUCCGAAUAAAACAUACAAUGAACAUGCUCUAAAUGGCCUCAAUCCUACGAAACGUCCCAAAGCAAAUGACAUUCUACAAUCAGACGAUGAUUAUGCAUAUAUCACCGACGACGAACAGGCAGAUACAACAGAAAACGUAUAUUAUAACACAUUUGAUUCUGAAUGUAGAAGUCAAAAGGACACAGAACAUCAAUAUGAUCAUAUGAAAAGUACAUCAAAGCCAAUCCAAGAUAACACAUAUUCACAUAUGCAAGGUGAUAAAAUGGACAUAGAAUGGAAUCCAAGUAAUGAAAUAAAACUGAUUUCAAACAAUAGUAAUGCAUCUCUGCGAAAAGACGGGCAUCCAGAAAAUAAUUGUUAUGACCAACUUGAUAUCAGUAACUUAAAUGAAGCUAUGAAACAAGAGCAUUCGAUGACACUUAAUAAAGAACAAGAAUCGGACAACGAUCAUGCAAAAGCAGGUGGGAUAGAUCCAGUACCUUUGGAACAAGAUGACUAUUCUCAUAUAAGGGACGGGAAAGUAAAUCAAGAAAACACUGGAAAAGAGAUAUGUAUACAUGAUAAAUACGAGUAUUCAAAUGUUACUGAAAGUACUGAAGAAAGAGAAAAGAAAGGUAACGAAAGAAAAGCUGAAUAUGAGCAACCGAUUGGUCGUACGCCUCAAUAUUUUGUCCUGGAAGCAGAGAAUGAAAACACACCCGAAGAUGACAGAAACUGUUUUGUGUUGGAAGCAGAAGAAAAAAAUGAUGAAACUUAUGAGUCAGACAAUCACACUUAUUUUGUAUUAGAGAAAACGGAAAGCGCAUGAUUUAAGAAGAAACAUAGCAUAUGUUUUAUAUAUAUUCGAUUCAUGUUUCACAUAUAUUCGACACAUGUUCCAUUUGAAUUCUAUGUAUAAGGUAGUACGACAAUUACUAUCUUUAUUAACUAUGCCAUCCAGCUGGCUUAGGAAGGUCGGUGGUUCUACCUAGGUGCCCUAUUGUGAUGAAAUAAUGCACGGAGGGGCACCUAGGGUCUUCCUGUGCUAAAAAUCUUAUGUUUUAAGAAGUAUUAUCGUAUAACCUGUGUUUUUGUUUUAAAAACACAUUGAUUCACCUUUUUAUUGUUUUACCGACAGACACCUCUGUUGAACUGUAAAGUAAUAAAUGAAUGUGUUAUUUCUGACAGUAUUAUGAAAAAAAGAGUUAUCGCUCUGUGUUGUUACAGAUACUACAACUUGUUAAGCAACACAGGAUUUUAUAUUUUUUAACUUAAACAAAAUACAUGUUUGUAAAAAUUUCUGAAAUAGAAGUUCUAGGUUUUA